AGUUCCAGUAGGUCGUGGUCCGGUCGUUCGCUAACAUGGCGUACAGGCAGCCGUCGUCGAUCCGCGUCGAGACCGAGCUCUCGCACGAGGAGAAGCGCCUGAUUGGAGAACGAGCCAAACUCAAGGCACAGCUGAGGCAGGAGUACCUUCGCCAACUCACGGAUCCGCACAAGCAUGGAUCGGGAGGCACCUUGUUUGACUCCCAGAUGAUGCGAUAUCAAGCGGCUCGUUCCAACAGCAUGAUAUACGAGCAUUUUCGUCCGACCCCCAAAGGAGGCCUGCAGUGGUUUGCUGCAUCCAUCUUGCCCAUGCUUGUCCUUGGAUAUGUUGUUCAUAAGGACAGGCAAGAGUUUGAGCGGAGGUGCCGGACUGGCGAGAUUGCAUACAAGGACAGAAUGUUCAAGAUGAUCUAGCGGCAGUGUGCCGGAUGUAAGGUGACCGUAGUGUAAUAAAGCAUUUGUUCAGUUGUGG